CUUCAUACAUACUCUCAUCUCUUCUUUCUCUCUCCUUUUUUCCGGCAUAACUUGUGUGUGAUCCUAAACUCCAUAACCUGUUUCAUCGAUAAAGUAUCUUUUGCUUCAGUUUCUAUUAUUCUUCUCACUACCUCUCGAAUUAAUAUUCAAACAAAAAGAAAAUGUCGGGAAGAAGAUCACGUUCGAGGCAAUCAUCCGGAACUUCAAGGAUCUCAGAAGAUCAAAUCAACGACCUCAUUAUCAAGUUGCAGCAGCUUCUUCCUGAGCUCAGGGAUAGUCGUCGCUCCGACAAGGUUUCAGCAGCGAGAGUGUUACAAGAUACGUGCAACUACAUAAGGAAUCUGCAUAGAGAGGUUGAUGAUCUAAGUGAGAGGCUAUCUGAGUUACUCGCAAACACAGACACUGCUCAGGCUGCUUUAAUCAGAAGCUUACUUACCCAAUAAAUCCUAUCUUCUUCUUCUUCUUCUACUUCUUCUUCUAUAAUAAUAAAAAUAGUACGCGGAUUUGAUUUUUCUAUAGAUGAUGACCUUAUAGAUGUUUAAUGAUACGACUUCGUCACUUCUGCUUCGGUCAUAAAUAUUCGCUUGUUUCCUAUAUGAAAUCUUUGCCCUUUUUCGGUUAUUUUGUUUGUCUUUACUUCUAAUUCAGUUAGGGCUCAACCAAAGACUUAGCUAUGUUCAUUUUCUAACGUCCUUUCCUGGUUUGUGUCUUAUAGUAAUUUAAAACAUGUCAUAA